CAACAACUGGGGCGACACAAUGUCAAACAUUUUCGUAAGAGGGAAGUGGAUAUUUGGUCGUUUGGGGAAAUUGCAACAUUUUAUAGUUCUGUCUCAAUGACAGAAUAUCAACUUAGUCAUGUUGACCGGUCUCAGAGCAGACAGAGGAGCCGCAGGUCUGCAGGGAGGAGAGACUCACAGGACUCAAAGGGUUUCCCCACUUUUCCCCAACACCAACACAGGGCGAGGACAGUAUGUGGACACUGGCUCUUCAGGUGGUUUUCAUUGGUUUAUACCUACAGGUACCAACAUGCUACCCAUCAUGCACUUUGUACAACCUUGUGGCUAAUUGCGCCUACCAGCGCCACUACUGGGUUCCUGUUCUGCCUCCCAACAUCACCCACCUCUUCUUGGAGUCUAACUACAUCAGUGAGAUCAACAGCAGCUCCCUCAGAAGCUAUGACCAGCUGCAACAAUUAGAUCUUGGAAACCAGAAUGGGCAGCUCGUCAUAAUUAGGAACAACGCUUUCCUCAGGCAGAGAAAACUGACCAGGUUGGUCCUAGGCUCCAAUCGUUGCCUUCAGAUGGAGCCGAGGGCUUUUGCAGGACUGUUCAAUUUACAACACCUCUUUUUGGAUUAUUGCAAUUUGACAGACUCCAUACUAGCAGAAAGCUAUCUGGAGCCACUUUUGUCCUUAGAAAAGCUUGAUCUCUUUGGUAAUAAAAUAGUGAGACUCCGGCCAGGAAUGUUCUUUUCAAAACUCACAAAGUUCACACAGCUAAACCUCAAACUGAAUAAGAUCGAAAGCUUAUGUGAAGAGGAUCUUGUUGGUUUCCGGGGGAAAAACUUCAAACUCCUGAACUUGCACUCCAAUCCCUUCAGGUACAGUAGAGAUUUUGACUGGGAAAGAUGCGGGAACCCUUUCAGAGGGAUGACCUUUAAAAUCCUUGACUUAUCCAGCAUUGGGUUCAGCAUGGACACAUCAAGACAAUUCUUUAAAGCAAUAGAUGGUACUCCGAUUGCUCAUCUUAUAUUCUCUGGCCACAUGGGCAAAGGCUUUUCAUAUGACAACCUUCGCGAUCCAGAUGAAACCACAUUCGAAGGUCUCGUGAACAGUUCAGUUGAAAUUUUAGAUCUAUCUAGAAAUGCCAUAUUUGCUUUGCAGAAAGCUUUUUUAAGUCCUCUAAAAGAUGCAAUAAUUAUUGACAUUUCCGUUAACAAAAUCAAUCAGAUUAACAGAAAUGCCUUCAAUGGUCUUCAAGGAAAUUUGCGAAUGCUCAACCUGUCAUUCAACCUCUUAGGAGAAAUAUAUUCUUACACGUUCACCAAUCUGACAGAUCUCCGGGUGUUGGAUUUGUCUAACAACCACAUUGGUGCAUUGGGAGACAAAGCAUUCAGUGGUCUUCCAAAAUUACGAGCGUUAUAUCUGACCGGAAAUUCACUGCGAAAUCUGGGUACUCCUGCGCAAUUACCAAACUUGGAAUUUCUUCUUUUAAAGGACAAUAAGUUGAAUUCUCUAUACCUAAUCGAUGGAUUGGGCAAGAACAGUAUCCAUGUGGACAUUUCAGACAACAGAUUGACAAAUUUACAGGAUGUUUAUUGGUUGUUAACUCAAUUCAGUCAUCUCCAAAAUUUAUUUUAUGGUGGCAACAUCAUCAGGUGGUGCAGUCGGGAAGUGACAGUACCUUAUAACAAUAGCUUGCAAGUGCUGGAUCUGCACGGCAGUUCACUAAAUAUAAUUUGGGCGCAGGGGCAUUGCCUCGACCUGUUUGAUCAGCUAGAGAAUCUGCUCGGUCUAAAUUUAAGCCACAACUCCAUUGCGACUUUCCCACGAGGGAUUUUCCGUGGUCUAGGCUCGAUCAUAGAGAUCGACCUCUCCUCUAAUGCUUUAACCUAUCUGCAGCCGGAUCUCCUUCCAGCCAGCCUGCAAAGACUCGACCUCUCAAACAACUUUUUGGCCUCCCCGGACCCUAUGGCUUUUCGGUCUCUCAGCGUCCUCAGCCUGGCUGACAAUCGGUUCUACUGCGAUUGCAAUCUGGAGAGCCUCCUGACGUGGCUGAACGUGACCGACGUAAUCUUUCUGAGCCCCGUUGAGGAGUACAGAUGUGAGUUUCCAGCAGCCCUCCAAAAUACCCGUCUGCUGGACUACUUCGCGAUAAUCGAACCGUGCGAGGAAGACGACGAAAAGGCCGUCCAAGGUCUUAAAUUUGCUCUCUUUAUCUUCUCCGCUCUCCUCGUCAUCGCUGCCAUCCUCAGCGGGAUCGCUUACGCCCGUCUCCGAGGGCGCAUAUUCAUCAUCUACAAAAAGAUCGUCGGUAGGGUUCUCGAAGGACCAAAACCGCCACCUCCUGUGGACGAAGCGCAGUACGAUGCCUUCUUCUGCUUCAGCAGCAAUGACCAUGGGUGGGUAGAGGCUGCUUUGCUGAAGAAGCUGGAUAAGGAGUUUUCAGAGGAGAACAUCUUCCGCUGUUGUUUCGAGGCCAGAGACUUCCUGCCAGGUGGGGAUCACCUUUCCGACAUCAGAGACGCCAUCUGGGGCAGCAGGAAGACUGUGUGCGUCGUCUCCAAAGAGUUCCUUAAAGAUGGUUGGUGCUUGGAGGCGUUCACUCUGGCCCAGGGCCGGAUGCUGGAGGAGCUGACAAACGUCCUGAUUAUGUUGGUGGUAGGGAAGCUGGCUCGCUACCAGCUGAUGAAGUACAACGCAGUCCGAGCUUUCGUCCAGAAGAGAGAGUACCUAAUCUGGCCGGAGGACCCUCAGGACCUGGAGUGGUUUUAUGAGCGGCUCGUCUCGCAGAUACUCAAAGACACGAAGGUGAAAGCGUUAGCAGAGGACAAACCGGAGCCUGCGCAGCCUGACGUCCAACCUCAGAAUGAGGACGGCAUCCCGCUCGAGAACAUCGGCGCAGUUGCUAUGUGAACUCUGACUGUACAUUGAAGAAAACCUAUUUUAACCAAGAUAAAAUGGAUUAUGUAUCCAUAAUCCACCCCGCGGAAGUGUUACUAGUAAACUUGUACUCAGGAUCCUCAGCAGGAUGAGGAAGACGUUCUCACUGAAAGGCCUUUCUGAUUUUCAAGGAAAAAAGUCAAAUGGGUGCCAACCUUCAGAGGAAGAGAAGGCAAAGAUUACUAAAAAAAAGCCCUUGGUUUUUGAGUUCCACAGAACCAGAUGCAAAACAUGGCCGGUCCAGUUUUUUCUUUUUAAUUUCCAUGUACUUUGAUGAAAUGUGGCGUAAAUCAAUUUAUAAUUCCUUUUUUUAUUUUAGUUUCUGUUGUCAUCUUUUGUUAUUGUCAGCGUUUAAAGCACUCCAUGACCCAAUGACAUGUACAGUAUAACUAAAUGAUUAUUAGAUUAGAUUCAACUUUAUUGUCAUUGUGCAGUGUACAAGUACAAAGACAGCGAAAUGCAGCUUCUUUUGAUAUUAUGGGAUUUGUUAAUGUUUUUAUGUCAAUGGAAUUAACGUACGUAAUAUAACGAAGAUUAAGUGUAAUUCAAAAAAUGUGAUGACAAUGUUUGGUAAGCAUUUGUCAGCCGUUCUCACUAAUGUUGGUGCAAAUACGGCACUGAUCAUCCCUAAUAGCUUGGAGGAGGAGGCAAAUCCCCAGCAGCACAUCUCUGAAAUGUAGAAGAGAGAGUCUGUUUUUUUUGGAUUAUUUUUUGGGUCUUUUCCCUUUAUUGACAGUGGAUAGACUGGAAAGGGGGAGAGAGACGGGGAAUGACACGCAGCAAAGGGCAGCGGGUCAGAUUCGAACCCGCGCCGCUGCAGAACUCAGCCAACAUGGGGUGAGCGCUGUUACUGGGUGAGCUAGAGGCCACCCAGAAAGUCUGUUUUUUUAAUCAUUUUCUAAACAUGGCGUGUCGAUACAGUGAUUGGCCAGUUUGGCUUGUCAAUAUAAGAGCUGCUGUUGAUCUUAUGAUCCCUAUGGUACAUUAAGAACAUUUGUCCCCACUAUAUCACUUUGUAUGUAACGUGUUUUUAUUAACUAAUUGAGGAAGGCUUUUUAAACAAAAGAAGGUUCAUCAUCCAGCUGGUCCAUCAUGUGGACAGGUGCCACACUUGAUUCCUGAGUCUUAAAGUUAAACCAGAGAUCUUCAACAGGGGGUCCACGGCCCUUAAGGGGGUCCUCAGAGUUACUCCACGGGGGCCGCUAAACUAUUGUCUGCUAAUUCUUUUAUGAAGUUGUUCUUUUAUUUUUAUUAAAAUGUCUGAAAAUAUACAUUAAUAUGAAUCCAACAUAUUAGCAAAGAUACAUUGUCCUAUUCGUAAAAUAAUGCACACAACAUUGAUGAUGCUUACUAUAGGUUAGGUAGCCACUAUGGUAGCCAUCCACAGCCACAGUUAAGCUUAAGGAUUCACUGUGCUGUACACAUGUAUGUUUAACAAAUAAAACAUGAUGUAUGAAUAAUUAUCCAUCCACCCAGUUUAAUAUGCAGCUCACUUCAAUACAAUAGAUGUAGCAGGGGGUCCUUGUCCUGAAAAAUGUUGAAGACCUCUGAGUUAAACGAUCUAAUACAAGAAUGUAUUUUUCAUGAGUUUGAGUAGAGUAAAAAAUAUCUCAAUGUAUAACCUGUAUUUUCAUAGUUACGUCAGAAUUUCUACAACAGACAUUUAAAUCUAUUCAAUGGGAUUUUCUGCUCCAAACUAUCCUAAUCUCCGCCUUGGGUUUGGUUCACCCAACCCAAACCUACUUACUUAGCACCUACUACCUACUGUCCCAGAGACUACAAACAGAAGAUAGCCAUCCACCCAUUCAUGACAAACUUUUUACAACAAGACUGACUGGGACAAAAUGGUUGCUUAUUAAAAUAAAAAAUAUAUCUUUUCA